GUGUUCUCAAUGGCGCACUAACACACUAGUCCGCAUGUAUCGUACUGUACCCGCUAUGCGCAUACGGUAUGCUCCGAAUGAAUGGAGGAAACAUUAGAACACCGUACGGAUGCGCGACACUGUAACCGGACACGUCACGGAACAUUAUGAGGCCGUUUUGCGCGCUCCGGCUCCAGAUGCUGUUUAUGAGCGCAGCCUAUGUAGUGUAGUGCGCUUCAGGCGGUGUCAUUCCCGUUAUGUGUGGCGGAAGUGGAGCGCAGUAAAUCAGUGCACUCGUUAGUGCGUUUGCUGUAGUACAGGCGGCGCUUUGUUUCACUCACAAACGCACCCGUGUCCGACACACACGCACGCGCUCGACGCGCCGCCGCGCAUUCGCCGUUAGGAGCUCGACACGUCACGCCGAAUCUAACGGGAAACAACGGCUUUUCGUCCGGGAUGAGGGGAUCGAUCGCGCCGCGCUCGUCUGGCGGAGAAUAAGCGCCGGGGUUUGCUCGGAGCGUGUCGGCGCUGCUCGCCUGGACUCGGGCUCGGGUUCUCCCGCAUUCCCGCUGCUGGAUGUGGAUGAAGAUAAUGCGAGCGGCUUCAUGAGCGCCUUAUAAACCCUCUUCUCUUCCAGACACUCCCGCUUUACUCCCACCCGAUGGACAAGAUGGAGCAUGAGGUUUUUACGCCUUUGUUGGAGGAUUUUCUGCAGUCUCCUCUGGUGUGCUGGGUGAAGACGGUCUCUCCGCUGGGCUCCGAUGGCUCUCAUCUGUCCGAGUUCAUGACACUGGUGGACGGGGUUUAUUUAAACGACAUCAUGAUUGAGAUAAACCCGAAGAGCAGCGUCCAGAGGCCCCACCGGAAAGUCAACAACGACCCGACGCUGCGCAUCCAGAACCUGUCCAUCCUCGUGCAGCAGAUCAAGUCAUGCUAUCAGGAGGCGCUGCAGCAGCUGGUGGUGAUGUCACUUCCUGAUGUGCUGGUGCUGGGCAGGACUCCUCUCAGCGAGCAAGGACUGGAGGAGAUGAGGAAGAUCCUGCUGCUGCUGCUGGGCUGUGCUGUACAGUGCAACAGGAAGGAGGAAUACAUCGACCGGAUCCAGACGCUGGACCUCGACACACAGGCGGCCAUCGCCGCUCACAUUCAGGAGGUGACCCAUAACCAGGAGAACGUGUUUGAUCUUCAGUGUGUGGAGGAGAGCGAGUCCGUCCCGCACGAUAAAGACGCCAUCUUCAGACAGUUGACCUUCAACCUCAAGCGCCUUGUAGACGAGAGGGACCAACACGCUGAGAUGAUCGUGUCUCUGACUCUGGAGCGGGACUGCGGGCACGUCCCUUCCGCGCUCCACGCCGCCCCGUCGCCCAGCGAGUCUCCCAGCAUGAGACGCACGGAGAGCGUGCAGCAUCUGUCCGUGGAGCUGGCCGACGCCAAAGCCAAGAUCAGACGCCUGCGGCAGGAGCUAGAGGAGAAGACUGAACAGCUGAUGGACUGCAGACAGGAGCUGGAGCACAUGGAGACAGAAGUCAAGAGACUGCAGCAGGACAACCUGCAGUUGCUGUGUGACGCGCGUUCGCUGCGGGCGUACCGUGACGAGCUGGACGCGCUCAGAGAGAAGGCCGUGAGAGUGGACAAACUGGAGAGUGAAGUGACGCGCUACAAAGAGAAACUCCAUGACAUUGAGUUCUACAGGACCAGAGUGGAGGAGUUAAAGGAGGACAAUCAGGUUCUGCUGGAGACCAAGAGCAUGCUGGAGGAUCAGCUGGAGUCAUUCAGAGCUCGAUCUGAUAAACAUCAUGAGCUGGAGAAGGAAAAUCUGCAGCUAAAAAACAAAAUACAUGACAUGGAGAUGGAGCGAGACGUGGACAGGAAGCGCAUGGAGGAGCUGCUGGAGGAGAACCUGACGCUAGAGAUGGCCCAGAAACAGAGCAUGGACGAGUCUGUGCAUCUGGGCUGGGAACUGGAGCAGCUCUCCAAAACCACACCUGAGCUCACUGAAGUGCCGCAGAAGUCUCUGGGUCACGAGGUGAACGACCUGACGUCCAGUCAGCUGCUGAAGCUGGAGAAGGAGAAUCAGAUGCUGCUGAAGAGCGUGGAGGAGCUGAAGGCGUCCAGCGAGAGCGGCACGCGCCUCCGUCUGGAGAAAGACAACCAGAAACUCAGCCAGCAGCUGGAGCAGCUGCGGGUGGAGCUGACAGCAGACAGAGAGAGUCUGCGCAGCGCUGAGAGUCUGAGCACAGACCUGCUGAAAGAGAAAGCACAACUGGAGAAAACACUGGAGACGCUCCAGCAGAACUCCGACAGACAGGUCAAGGGUCUGGAGCAGGAGAACGAACACCUGAACCAGACCAUCACCUCACUCAGGCAGCGCUCUCAGGUCAGCGCCGAAGCCCGCGUCAAAGACAUCGAGAAAGAAAACCGCGUGCUGCACGAGUCCAUCAAAGAGACCAGCAGCAAGCUCAACAAGGUGGAGUUUGAGCGCAAACAACUUCGCAAAGACCUGGAGCACUACAAAGAGAAAGGAGAAAGAGCCGAGGAGCUGGAGAUGGAGGUCCAUCGACUGGAGCGAGAGAAGGAGGGUCUGCAGAAGCGACUCGCUGCUCUCGCCAUCACCUGCGGGAAGGUGGAGGUGUUGGAGAAGGAGAAUGCCGAACUGGAAGCUGAGAGCAGAAAACUUAAGAAAGCUGCUGAUGGUCUGAGGAACGUUUCCUAUCAGCUGGAGGUCCUGGAGAAGGAAAACACCCAGCUGGACGAAGAAAACCUGGAGCUCAGGCGCAUGGUGGAGUCGUUGCGGUCCACUGGAGCAAAGGCCGCCCAGCUGGAGCUGGAGAACAAAGAGCUGGAGAACGAGAGAUCUCAACUGAAAAAAAGUCUUGAUCUGCUGAAGGCUUCGUCCAAGAAAAACGAACGUCUGGAAGUUAGUUACCAAAGCCUCGAUGCAGAGAACCAGCGGCUCCAGAAAGCCCUGGAGAACGGCAGCCGCAAGAUUCAGCAGCUGGAGGGAGAACUGCAGGACGUGGAGGUGGAGAACCAGAACCUGCAGCAGAGCCUGGAGGAGCUGAAGAUCUCCAGCAAAGGUCUGGAGCAGCUGGCGCAGGAGAACGCCGCCCUGGAGCAGGAGAACGCUCAGCUGGAGAAGGACAAGAAACAGCUGGAGAAAGAGAACAAACGGCUGCGACAGCAGGCUGAAAUCAAAGACUCCAAACUAGACGAAGACAACCUGCGCAUCUCUCAUCUCGAGAAGGAGAACCGCACGCUCGGCAAGGAGGUCGUCGCUCUCAAAGACGUGUGCGGUCGCAUGAAAGACCUGGAAAAGGACAAUAAGGAACUGGUCAAACAAGCAACCAUAGACAAGAAGACCCUGGUCACUCUGAGAGAGGAGCUAGUCAAUGAAAAACUAAAGACCCAGCAGAUUAACAAUGACCUGGAGAAGCUCACCCAUGAGCUUGAGAAGAUCGGCCUCAAUAAAGACGGUCUUCUGGGUGAUGAAGAGAGCUCUGAUGACAGGUUUAAGCUUCUGGAGUGUAAACUGGAGUCCACUCUGAAGUCCUCUCUGGAGAUCAAAGCGGAGAAGAUCGCUGCUCUGGAAGCCCGACUGCAGGAGUCCUCCAACCUCAACCAGCAGCUACGACAGGAACUCAAAACGGUGAAGAAGAACUACGAGGCUCUGCGUCAGCGUCAGGAGGAGGAGUGUUCGGCUCAGAGCUCGCCCGCCAGAGGACGGGAGGACGCGCAGAGCGCCAGUAAAUGGGAGAAGGAGAGUCAGGAGGCCACGCGAGAGCUUCUGAGGGUCAAAGACCGACUCAUAGAGGUGGAGAGAAACAACGCCACUCUCCAAGCAGAGAAACAGGCUCUCCGGACGCAGCUGAAGCAGCUGGAGUCUCAGAGCAGUAAUCUACAGGCGCAGAUACUAGCGCUGCAGAGACAGACCGCGUCCCUACAGGAGAACAACACCACGCUACAAACACAGAAUGCCAAACUACAGGUGGAGAACUCGACGUUGAACUCUCAGAGCGCUGCUCUCAUGUCCCAGAAUGCUCAGCUGCAGACGCAGCAGUCCAGCACAGAGAGCGAGAGGGAUGCUGCCAUACGAGAGAAGGAAGAACUGCGCACGGUCUACGAUCUGCUGCUGCACGAUCACGAGAAACUGUCGGCGCUGCACGAGAGACAGGCGUCAGAGUACGAGGACCUGAUCGGCAAACACGGAGAGCUGAAGAGCGGACAUAAGAGCCUGGAGCUGCAGCACCGCAGCCUGGAGAACAGGUACAAUCAGCUGUUGAAGCAGAAGACUGAGCUGGAAGAGCUUGAGAGAGAACUCAAAGCAGAGCGAGAGAAGAUGAUCUCCGACAGCAAGAGCCAUCAGGACACGGCCGCGCAGUACCACAAACUCAGGGACGAGCACCACACGCUGAACUCCACAUACCAGCAGCUCCUGAAGGACAAUGAGCUUCUGCAGACAGAUCACAAGACUCUGAAGAGUCAGCUGAACACGGCCCGUCUGGAGCAGACGCGUCUGGAGGCUGAGUUCUCCAAACUCAAAGAGCAGUACCAGCAGCUGGACAUAACCUCGACCAAACUCACCAACCAGUGCGAGUUGUUAAGUCAGCUGAAGGGAAAUCUAGAGGAGGAGAACCGGCAUUUGCUGGAUCAGAUCCAGACCCUCAUGCUGCAGAACCGGACCCUGCUGGAACAGACCAUGGAGAGCAAAGACCUGUUCCAUGUCGAGCAGAGACAAUACAUCGAUAAACUCAAUGAACUGAGGAGACAGAAAGAGAAACUUGAGGAGAAGAUCAUGGAUCAGUAUAAAUUUUAUGACCCAUCACCUCCACGAAGGAGGGGCAACUGGAUCACGCUAAAGAUGAGGAAACUCAUCAAGCCAAAGAGUCGUGAGCGCAUGCGCUCUCUCACACAGACCCCACCCCGCUCCGAGUCCAGCGAAGGAUUCCUGACUCUGCCCCACCCGGACAGUCAAGACAGCUCAUCCAUCGGCUCUGGUUCCAACUCCCUGGAGGACACGCUCACCCACCGCAGCAGCAGGAAGAGAGUUGAGAAAAGCCAAACGCAGGCUUCCUCUAACGCGUUGAAAAAGCUUCCGUUCAUGAGGAACCGAUCCAAGGACAAAGACCGAGUGAAGGCCGUCUACCGCCGCUCCAUGUCCAUGAAUGACUUGCUGCAGACGAUGGCUCUGUCCGAGGGUCAGUGGUCCAGCAGCACGGAUCACUUAGAAGCUCCUGACGAGGCCAUCGGCGCUCAGCACGGGAAGGAGUUUGGGUCCAUGGACUAUUCCAGCACUGCGGCCGACUACGCCGGCCUGACUCUGACCCGCGGCGCUCGCCACCGCUCCGAAACAGGUAACGCCAUGUCCAGUGAUGAUAUCACACAGAUCUCGUCGGAGGAGAGCAGCGCGCUGCGAGCGCAGGGUGUGAUGAACGGCAGCGCGAGUCGGCCUCACAGCGAGAGCAGCGGUGACGUCAGUGUGAGUCUGGACAGUCCCGUGAGGCAGACGUCAGCGCAGCACAGCUCGGUGGACGGCAAACGCAGGGCCAAAUCUGCAGGAAGUGAGAUGGUUUCCCUGCAGCAGUUCCUGGAUGAGAGCACAGAGCCAGCAGAGGACGCUCUCUCAGCACAAUCAUCUUGUCCGUCCGGAGCCGCGCCGCAGGCGUCCAAAGAGCGUGCGAAGAGCCGGGGCAUCUUGCGCUCGGCCAGCGGCAAGGCCCCGGCGUCGGACUUUGGCGGCGCGCGAGCGGGCCAACCGGGACGUCCCAGCCUGCGCAAGGCCGAGAGCACCCGCGCCAGAGGCUCCGCGCCGCCCCGAGCCUCCCUGUCGUCCCAGAGCAAGGCGGUGUCCGUGUCGGAGCGGCUGGACUCGUCGUCGGGGCUGCCCCGCGCCAGCAGCGUCAUCUCCACCGCCGAGGGCACCGUCCGCCGGACCAGCAUCCACGACCUGCUCUCCAAGGACAGCCGGCAGCCCGUGCUGGUGGACCCGUCGCCCUCCAGGACCAAGAGCGCCUCCAAUGUGGAAGUGUUACAGGAAAACAGGAAGUCUAAAAGCAGAGGUGGAGCUCAGAGUUUGUCCUGAAUUCGCACG